UAUCAAAGCGUGUACAUUUACCAAACAAACGACAAAUCAACCAAACUAGAAGAAGAAGAAGAAAUUGACCGUCAUCGACCACCACCACCACCACCACCACCACUACCACCAGGACGAGCCUAAGCCAACACUUCGUCUCUUUCUGCUUUCUUUUAUUGUUUUUCCCUAGUAAUAAUUAACAGUAAUUACUUCAUUAAUCAGCUUUUAUCAUAUAGUAAUACUUUUUUCUCUCUAUUUGGGGGUUUUCAACGAGAGCGGCAAUAUUGAGUUUUCUUUGAUAUGACCGCCUGAACCUCAACUCUUUGUCUAUCUUUUGCCUCUUGCUCCACAUCUCUUUCGUUUUCUUUCCCUUAAUUAAUUGCUGUGAAGUAGAAGAGCUUUUCAGUAUGGCUAAAAAUGAGGAUACUGGUAGCCCUGGCUGGAAAGCUUCACUUUUUUUGCAGACCACAGAAGAUGUUGCAAGAGCUGUUGCAGCCGCAGCUGCUGCAGCCACUGCUCCCCGUUCACCGCGGCCUUCUGUGGUGUUUUCGUCAAAAGAUGAUAGUGGUGAUAGCCACCUUCAGAAGCUACAACGUCAAGUUGCAAGAAUGAUAAAGGGUUUCUCAUCUCCUCCUCCUGAAGUGAAAGGAGUAACUUACAAUCCGGAAGUUCUAACUAGCCAAAAACGUCAAUGGGCAAACUUUCAGUUACAAUACUUGGAUCAUAGGUCUUUAAAGGAGCCAUUGAGGCUUUUUGAGAGCAUGGUAGUUGUUGGACUUCAUCCUAAUUGUGAUCUUCAGACACUUCACAGGCAAUAUGUUGCUCGAAAGUCUGAAGUUUCUGGAAGAUUGCAAAGUUCACUUGGUUCUCAGAAUCAGUCUCGUGUAGAACCCAUUCUUGAGCCUCAGGUCUUGUUUGUUUAUCCUCCGGACAAACAAUUGCCACUUAAGUAUAAGGAUCUCCUAUCAUUUUGCUUCCCUGGAGGCCUGGAGGUUCAUGCAGUUGAGAGAACUCCUUCAAUGAGCGAGUUAAAUGAAAUUCUUCUUGGGCAGGAGCACCUUAAAAAAAGUGACCUGUCUUUCGUAUUUCGAUUACAGGUUGCUGACGAUUCUACAUUGUAUGGUUGCUGUGUGUUAGUUGAUGAAAUUGUGCAAAAACCCUCUGGAUUGCUCUCCAUGAUUUCAGAUAAGCGCUCUUCCUGCUCAUCUUUGAGUCGUCAUGUACUAACGACUCGCAGAUGUUACUGCAUUCUUUCAAGGCUUCCAUUCUUCGAAUUGCAUUUUGGUGUAUUAAACAGCAUCUUCACGGAGGAAAGGUUGGAAAGGUUAACAAAAGAUAUUGGUGUUUUGAACUUGCAAUCAUUGGAGGAUUACAGCGAAAAAGAAGGUUUUGGGAACAAUUUAGAUGGCAUAUUACCAAGUCAUGGAGCUGCAGAGGAAAAAAUGGAUGGAAAAUCAGAAAAUUUCCAAUCAAGUUUAACGGAUUCUACAUUUGGGGGUGUUGCUGAUGACAGGAGUCACUUGGAGCAUCAGAUUCCUGAGGGGCAGAUUCACUUGUCGAAGAAAGAUGUUGACGAUAAUAUUGUUCCAGAUGAUUCUGAAACAGAGAUAGUCUUCAACAAAGGAGAAUCUGGUGGUGGAAACCUCGAAGAUUGUGACACUGAUGUUGAUGAUUUAUCUAACAAACAAGCAGAAGAAAAACGUUUACCAAAUGCUGUUCUGCCUCUCCUGCGCUAUUAUCAGUAUGAAAGUUCAGAUUCUUCCUCCAGGUAUGCAUUUUUGUUCUUUGACGUUUACUAUAUGCCCAUGUGUGAGCGUGUGGAGCGAGCACUAAGUGAAUAUGAUGACAGCACAUACAGUGCACUUCUUCGGCAGAGGACGGAUAGGGCAACUGCAGUCAUCCCAACAAUGGCGGGUGUAGCACUGCAAUUAUGUGGAUCCCUUGCGUCUAGAGAACUGUCACUUGUGCCAUGGAUUUCCCAAGCAUUGAUACUUCAGUGUUUAUUGACUGUUUCUGGUGCCAUUGGGUAUUACAGACGAUAUGCCUGGCAAUUUUUUGGACGCAACUGCACACCGUUUCCUUACAUUAGUGAGUAUGGUUUUCCAGGCUGCCAUAAGUUUUUGGACUUGCUAGGACUGACAAAGUCACCAACAGUGCCACAACUGCCUAAACACAAGGAGUUGUUUUCUUCCUUGAGUCCUUAUCAUGCAAAGCUUGUGGGAGAAAGUUAUUUGGCAAGGAAAAGGCCCGUUUAUGAGUGUACAGAUGUACAGGUUGAAGCUGCCAAGGAUUUUCUAGCAGUCUUAAGAUCUUACUUGGAUUCGCUCUGCUCUAACUUACGCUCGCAUACGAUUACAAAUGUGCAAUCCAAUAAUGACAAGGUAUCAUUGCUCUUAAAGGAAAGUUUCAUAGACUCUUUUCCUAAUCGUGAUCGACCAUUCAUGAAGCUCUUUGUGGACACACAGCUCUUCUCUGUACAUACAGAUCUCGUUCUUUCCUUUUUCCAGAAGGAAUAACGCCCGCUGUUCAAGGAAUAGUGCCUUUAGUUAUUAUAUUAUUAAGCUGUUGGCACAUGAACGUAAGUUCAGCAUGUAUAAUGUUGUUCCUAUUCCCGUUUGGUAAAAGUCACACUAUUUCAGGAGCCUCAGGGCAUGCAUGCCCGGUUUCAAAAAGCUCCCUAAAAGGGUUGGGGAGAAAGUGCCUUCCCGUGACGGACCACAACCACAAGGGGGUACAGUAAUAGGAGAGGGGAUAAAAAAAAGUGGUGUAAUGCUUAUAUAUGAUAUGACCAGUAAUUUAUAGCAGUUAACAUUUUUCUUAAUGGGAAGAGGUGCUUUCGGUGGCUAUGCCCUUUUCGACUGUAGAUAUGAGAGAAUGAAAUAUGAAAUGAUCCCACCUGUCACCUGAUGCUUGGCAUGGUGAAACAUCAUAUUUUUGGUUGGAUUAUUCAGCAAACUCUUUUUGUUUUUUCUUUUUUUUUUUU